AGAAAAAAAUGUUUUGUUUUCCAUAGGCCAAAAUCUGGUCGAAAGCAGAGAACUCUAACUUGAAAUGAAAAUAAUUGACAAGAUAUGUUUUCUUCCGUUCUUCAUACUUCUACACACAGCAGUUUACGGUGUGAUCCCGGGGAGUGGAGAACGGGUUGUGGCUCAAUCACAAUCUCGGAGUGAAGUGACAAGGAUAAAGUUAAGUGAUGAGGAUAUUUUCCCUGUUCAAAUGACUUCUGAUGAAGUGAGUGAUUUUUCCGCAGUGGAGGAGGAGGAGGAGGGGAGGGCGUGUCUCAACCUGGAAACGCCACCUGAGACUAAAUACUUUUAUCUAAAUAGUAAUGCUCAGCGGAUACGUAUUCUAACCAGUGAAAAUCCAACGCAAAGACUUGUGAGUGAGGUGUUCAAGAUAUUUGGCUCUGAAGUUCUGGGAUACUCACUUUCCCUUACUUUUAACAGAAACCAUUCGACCAUCCUGGAUCCGGAUACACAGUUCUCUAAAAUAUCAAGCUGUCAACACCAGUUCUGCAAGGAUUUGGAUUCUAACAACGGAGACUACAGUGUUCCAUCAGAGAUGUUAACGCUCGGUGUUAUGCUUCCUCCAACAUAUCAUGUGGACACGUGGAACCUCGUGGAUGUAGGUCAACUUGGACCAGCUGUCAGUUUGGGUUGGUUUAUACCAAGUGAGAUUGCUGAGAGGAAAGAUCAAGUUUGGGAUCAUUGGAGAACAUUUACAUCCAGAUCAAAUACAGCUCUCCUUAAGCUGAGCUCAAAUCUAAUUGCAUAUAUUGAGUCUAACCUCCAGGAUGAAAACAACAGGUAGUUAUCAGGAUAUCAGAACAGUUUGGGAGGGGUGGUGGAGGUCGGUGCCUGGGUCCUCAAUGUGUAGAGAAAAAUCAAUACCAGGAUAGCAGAACAGGAGGGAGGACGGAGACUGGAUUAAUCAGAGCCGGGGGACUCAACAACGAAAAGAAGAGUAUUAAAAUGGUUGACAGAGCGUGAAAAAACUUGAUUUUUUUAGAAAGUAAAACAUUGUUUAGAAAGAACAUUUUUCGUUUGAACUUUUAAGGGAAGGUUUUUUUGUUCGGGAUCUCUUUACAAUAUAAAACAAUUUCCAGUCUCAAUAUCAGGUUGAAAAAGGUUACUUUUGUCGGAAUCACUAGAAAAAUAAGGAUUUAGAGACGGGGAAAACAACUAGGACUGGAAACUUAUUAGCAUAGUAAGUCGUUCCAGUAAAAUCAAAACUAGGAGCUACGAGGACACAAAGUCGUACCAGUAAAAUCAAAAUUAGGAGCUACGAGGUCACAAAGUCAUACCAGUAAAAUCAAAAACUAGGAGCUACGAGGACACAAAGUCCUUCCAGUAAAAUCAAAACUAGGAGCUACGAGGUCACAAAGUCAUACCAGUAAAAUCAAAAUUAGGAGCUACGAGG